GUAUCUGCUUUCCCUCAUGGCCGAAGCGCCCAUAUCACGGCAAACGAGUAGCCUGGGCUACCAGGUGUCAUUCAAGUGUUGGGUGUUGCUGGGAGGCAGCGGAUUCAAUUGCUGAGGACUAUGCUAUAACUGGAGAGAGCAUUCCUCAACACCAGUCACAGUGGAGGCGGCGGUUUCUCUCGUGCAGACAGCCUACUCCACGCUUUUGGUGCUCUCCAAAGGGGCGAAGGAGGAGGACGACGGCGUGUUGUUCUUUAAUGCGCCCCUGAUUUCUUCAUUUUCAUCGCAAUUUGGACUAAAGAACGGCGUGUAAUUUGGGUGUGUUUCAAGGCGUGAGCUGCGAUGUCGGAGUUUCUGGUGAAUCUACUCGGAGAGCGGCUCGUCAACAGUGAGAAAGCCGAGGUAGAUGUGCAAGCCCUGGGCAGCAAGCUGUCCCUGGUCGGGCUGUACUUCGGUUGCAGUUUAAACGGCCCUUGUAAGCAGUUCAACGCCAGCCUGUGUGAGUUUUACAGUAAGUUUAAGAAAACGUCAGAACAUAAAGACAAAUUGGAAAUCGUCUUCAUCUCGUCGGAUCAGGACCAGAAACACUGGCAGGACUUCUUACAAGAGAUGCAAUGGCUGGCGUUGCCUUUUAAAGACCGACACAAAAAGAUGAAGCUGUGGAACAAAUACAAGGUGACCAGUAUCCCUUCGCUGGUGUUCGUGGAUGCGACCACGGGGAAAGUGGUGUGUCGGAACGGCUUACUGGUGGUGCGAGACGAUCCAACAGGUCUGGAGUUCCCCUGGGGGGCCAAGCCCUUUGCGGAGGUGGUGGAGGGACCCCUGCUCCGGAGCAACAUGCAGACGACAGUGAGCAGUGGCCUGCAGGGCUCCUACGUUGGAGUCUACUUUUCAGCGCACUGGUGCCCCCCUUGCCGCAGUCUCACCCGGGUGCUGGUGGAAUCGUAUCGUAAAGUAAAGGAGUCUGGACAGAAGUUUGAGAUUGUGUUUGUCAGCGCCGAUAGGUCAGAAGACUCGUUCACGCAGUACUUUAGCGAGAUGCCCUGGCUGGCUGUGCCGUACUCAGAUGAAGCCCGGCGGUCACGGCUCAACAGACUCUAUGGAAUCCAAGGUAUCCCCACUUUGAUCCUGUUGGACACAGAGGGUCACAUGAUCACGCGGCAGGGCCGGGUAGAGGUGCUGAACGACCCGGACUGUCGGCUGUUCCCGUGGCACCCGCGGCCCGUGCUGGAGCUGACCGAGUCCAACGCCGUGCAGCUCCACGAGGGGCCCUGCCUGGUGCUGUUUGUGGACGCUGAGGAGGAAGGAGAGCUGGAACCGGCUAAAGAACUCAUCCAGCCCAUUGCGGAGAAACUGCUGGCCAAGUACAAGGCCAAGGAGGAGGAGAGCCCCCUGCUCUUUUUCGUAGCUGGAGAGGAUGACAUGAGCGACUCGUUGCGUGACUACACCAACCUGCCUGAAGCUGCCCCUCUGCUCACCAUACUGGACAUGUCAGCCCGUGCCAAAUACGUACGAGACGUGGAAGAGAUCACCCCCGCUGUGGUGGACCAGUUCGUCGGCGACUUCCUGGGCGAGAAGCUCAAGCCGGAGCCUAUUUAAGAGCACAGAGGAACCUAGGAUGGCACUAGACACAGAACAUGACCUCCAUCAACCCGACACCUUAGACCCCCCCCUCUACAGUCAUUACAAGUCUCACAGAUCUGAGUUCUCCAUCUCAACCCUCAUUCUUACAGACUGUUAAAGAACCUAACUUUAUACUUUUUUUUUUUUUUUUUACUUUUCCCAGUCCUCUCCCUUUCCUGUGGUGCCUUGCAUUGAUGAAUUGAUGACAGCCCCAACCGUAAAUUACAGAUAUCCUGUUACUUCUUUUAAGCAUCCUUGAAGUAUGUUUGUUUGCCUCUCUUUGUCUUGGUGUUUCAUUAUAAGGAUUGCGUGAUGGAAUCCCACAAAGACCCAAUGGACUUGAAUUUCAAAUGUUGCAUAUGUGCUUUGGCUUUUUUUAUCAAUGUGACUUUCCCUCCCUUUACUUUACUUAUGUCCCAAGAAAGAAUAAAAUGAUUUAAACAGA